AUGACCGAGACGUUAUUAUGGACAAAGCCCACCUCGCUUGAAGAAAAUGACAAGAAGAAUUCGGAGAAAACAAAGCACGAAGAAAAGAAAUUAGAGAGAGAAACGGGAAAAUGCAUAGAUUUAAUCCCCAAUGUCACUACCACCACUACACCAAAAUCAAUUAUCAUUAUUCCAGGAAUCAAAUCCCAAGCCACUAGCCGAAAGGUCACUCUUGCUACCAUCAGGACAACAUCCGGAAGCACUAUAUCUCCAACUCGGAGAUUUGCGAGAAGUAUAAUCGAAAAGCGCAUCCAUAACGGGGAUCUGUAUAUCGGAACUUUGGUUAACAAUACGCCACACGGAUCCGGGAAGUACUUGUGGAAGGACGGAUGCAUAUAUAAGGGGGACUGGAAAAGGGGUAAGGCCUCCGGGAAGGGUAAGUUAUCCUGGCCAUCAGGGGCAACCUUCGAAGGUGAAUUCAAGUCGGGCCGAAUGGAGGGAUCGGGCACUUAUAUAGGAUCCGAAGGAGAAAUAUAUAAAGGAUCGUGGUCUGCGGAUCGAAAGCAUGGGUAUGGAGUGAAGCAUUACAGCAAUGGGGAUUACUACGAGGGACAGUGGAAGAAGAACUUGCAAGAUGGGCAAGGGAGGUAUGUGUGGAAGAAUGGGAACGAGUAUAAAGGGGAGUGGAAGAGUGGAAUGAUUAACGGGAGGGGUGUUUUGGUUUGGAACAAUGGGAAUACGUUUGAUGGGAAUUGGGAGAGUGGGAUUCCAAAGGGCCAUGGAGUUUUCACAUGGCCUGAUGGGAGUUGCUACAUUGGCAGCUGGUCUAAAGACUCGAGUAAAAACAACAAUGGUAAUCAAGUCUUGAAUGGUACUUUUUAUCCUGAACACAACAAACACGGGAAUGAGGAGGGGUUUAAAAGGUACUUUAAUCAAUUGUCGCCAUUGAUGGUAGUUGGGAACGAGUCAGUGAAUGUAGUAAUAGGGGGUGUGGGGAAGAAGAGGUCAUCGGUGGACGUAGGAAUGAUGGACAAGAGUUUUCCGAGGAUAUGCAUUUGGGAGUCAGAUGGCGAGGAUGGGGACAUUACAUGUGAUAUUAUUGACAACGUGGAGGCUUCCAUGUUGUAUAGGGAUGGAUUUCGAUUGGACUGCGAUGGGAUUUGGAAGUUUAGGAGGAAUCCCAGUUGUUUAAGUGGGGAAGUGAAGAAGCCAGGGCAAACGAUAUCGAGAGGGCAUAAAAAUUAUGAUCUGAUGCUCAAUCUCCAAUUGGGUAUUAGGUAUUCAAUAGGGAAGUAUGCUUCCAUAUUACGGGAUCUUAAGCCAGGUGAUUUUGAUCCUAACGAGAAGUUUUGGACUAGGUUUCCUCCAGAAGGAUCAAGGAUGACUCCACCCCACCAGUCUGCGGAGUUCCGAUGGAAGGAUUAUUGUCCUGUGGUCUUUAGGCAUUUGAGGGAACUAUUUCAAGUAGAUCCCACAGAUUAUAUGCUGGCAAUUUGUGAAAAUGAUGCUCUAAGAGAGUUUUCUUCCCCUGGAAAGAGUGGAAGCUGCUUUUACUUAACACAGGAUGAUCGAUUUAUGAUUAAGACAGUAAAGAAGUCCGAAGUUAAGGUGCUUAUAAAGAUGCUUCAUAGUUACUAUAAGCAUGUCUAUCGCUAUGAAAAUUCCCUUGUCACCAAGUUUUGUGGUGUCCAUUGUGUCAAACCAGUGGGUGGCGUCAAGACUAGGUUCAUUGUGAUGGGAAAUUUGUUCUGCUCAGAAUAUCGAAUCCAUAGAAGAAAUUGGUACCAAGAAUUAAUCAAGCAAAUUGAUAGAGAUUGUGAGUUUCUAGAGGCAGAGAGAAUCAUGGAUUACAGUCUCUUGGUUGGCCUUCAUUUUCGGGAUGAUGGCACUCAGGAGAAGAUGGGCUUAUCCCCAUUUCUAUUGCGUACAGGAAAAAGAGAUUCAUGUCGUUUCCUUGAAGCAGAACUACAGGACAUGGAUCGAAUUCUAGCUGGAAGGAAACCUCUGAUCAGAUUAGGGGCCAACAUGCCUGCACGAGCAGAGCGAGUGGCUCGAAGGAGUGACUUUGAUCAGUAUGGAUUUAACAAUUUGGCCCCUUCCCACAGGAGAGAAAUCUAUGAAGUAGUCCUCUACUUUGGGAUCAUUGACAUUUUGCAAGAUUAUGAUAUCAGCAAGAAACUCGAGCAUGCCUACAAAUCCUUGCAGGCUGACCCAACCUCUAUAUCAGCAGUCGAUCCAAAGCUAUAUUCCAAGAGGUUUCGAGAUUUUGUAGGUAGAAUAUUCGUAGCAGAAAGCUUACAGAAAAAUAUUGCACAGGAAAAGAGAGGGUGGGUGGGGUUGAGUUCACCACAUGAAAAGGAGAGAAAGUGA